AUUGCUGGAACCAAUUGAUCGAAAGCACAACAUAAAAACGGCCCAAGUCACCAACUGGGCAAUUGUCAGCUCUCGGCUCAGCUGCAUUUGCAUUCAACGGUAGAGAAGGAGUGAACGGUACGGUUCAGUAGCUCUCCGGUAUCGAUAUAAAUACGUGGUAGCAGGUGCACGACAGUCAGUCGCCACAGCUCGCCUAACCUGCCUCGGGCACCAGAGGGGAUUGUCCUGGAUCGAAACCAACGUGCUUGAGUGCGUGCCCGUGAUUCUUCCUCGUGUAGUGCAAUCCACGAUCUGUCUGCAAUCGGACUGCACCGCGUGCGGUGCGUGCUAACAGGACAGUAAGCAACGAGAACAGAAUGAGAAAAGUGUGGAUCCUGGCGCUGCUGGCGUUAGCGCUGCUGGUGACGCUGGCCAGCGGGCACGAGAAGAAGAAGGAGAGUGGCUUCGAAGAGAGCGGUGGCAGUGAACAUGGCGGCGAUCAUCACUCGAAAAAAGGCGACAAGGGCGACAAGGGGUACGAGAAGAAGCACGGCCUGGAGAAGGCAGAAAAGGGCAGCAAGGGCAAGGAGGAGCACGAGUCGCACUACGGCGAGGAGGGCGGCCACAAGAAGGAGAGCCACGACGAGGGCGGCCACUUCAAGAAGCACCACGAGGAGAAGAAGGGCUCGAAGCACGGUAAGAAGGGCCACAAGAAGGGCCACAAGAAGGGCUCGAAGACGACCGGGUACCACCACAAGUCGCACAAGGACGACUACCACAAGGAGCACAAGUUCUACGACGAUCACCACAAGGAGGGCCACCAUAAGAAGUUUGGUGACUUCAACGAGUUCCAUAAGAAGGCCGGUGGCGAUCACAAAAAGGGCGGCCACCACGAGUCCGCGCACAAGGAGGACAAAUACGCGAAAAAGGGCCACUCGGACAAGGGCCAUUUCGAUGACGAGCACAAGGGCUGGAAGCACAAGCACGGCCACGAGUCGCACUUUUCGCACAAGGACAAGUUUGGCAAGAAGGGCGGCAAAUCGGGCGGCAGCGAGCAUGGCUACAAAAAGGGUGAUGGUAAACAUUAAGG